AAGAAAGUGCAACCUGCUGAUGGCGCCAUACCGGAGAAGGAGAAGCAUUAACGCCGCUGAUCUGCUGAGCUGCAGGAGGAGAGGGAUGAAAGAUGCUGGGAUUCUAUUUAGACACUGCAUGAAUGUCGUGAGAGGAAUCAUCCUCCAGGAAAACAGAACUUUUAUUAAAGUAUGGAGCAAGGCCUCAAAAUCCCAAAUCUUGUACGAGGAUGGUAAACUAUAUUUUGAAAACUACCAGAACUGCUACAGCUGUAUUCAUGCUGCGCCCCACUGUUUGUACAAACUGCCUCAGAGGUCCAAAGAGGAGAAAAUUGAAGAUGCCUUGCUGUGUCUGGGUCCACUUGGUGAAACGUUACCUUCUCCUGCUGAUCAGAAAAACAGCUUCUUAGGUUUGACAGCCAACAACUGGCUGUAUCGCCUCUCAGCUGAAACAGGAGAAGAGAUGCAGAGGGUUUACCUCUCUUCAGACUAUAAGUUCAGAUAUCUUGGCUGGGAUAUUUCACAGGAGCGAUUUUAUGUCAAAUCUGUUCAAAAGAAAGACACACCUUUAGCUAGUCAGGCAGAUAUCACUCAGAACACAGUGAUGCACCUGGCCAUUUUUACUGUCUUCCCCUUGCAAGUUGUGGGCCUUUUGGAGAUCAACAGAAAGCAAUUUGGGAAUGGUGUUACUGACGUUGUGCUGUCUCAGGGUGUCCUUGCAGUGUCUUACAACAACAAGUCAGAGAAGAUGUACAGCUUGGAGUACAUUAUUGAAAAGUACUUGACAGAGAAGGUGACACUUGGAAAGCAGAGCGCACUACUUGGAGGCAAAACAGUGGGAGAUGCUCCAUUUGGGAUCCCAUUAAACAUUCAGAUCACAGACUGCCCUCCGGUGCUUUUCGAGGUGUCGUGUUCUAAUGACGGUGUGCAGAUUGGAGGCUACCCUUGGCACUACAUCUACACACCACCACAGAGACGUCACAAAGGGACCUACCACGUCUGUUCACUCAAGGACAGCACUGUGGCGACAAAUGGAAUACGGAACAUGAACUGCUGGUCUCUGGAGAGCGACGGGAUUUUCUUUCAUCCUGAUGACUCGGGAAGAAUCAUCCAUAUUGGACCCACAACUAUAAAUUUCCUAAAAAUCCUUGAUGAACUGAACGGUGCUUUGCCAUCAAAGGUGGUUGAGAUUUUCUCCAUGGCAACCGAUCGGACUGAAUCUGCCCCACAAGUCACUGCCACCUCAAGAGGCCGAAAAGUGAAGAGACGAUUUCGUCGGCUGGAUGAUGACCCAUCUCAAGAGACUUUCCGAAUGGUGGAAUAUGAAGAUGAGCUUGACCUCCUGGCCGUCGUGAUAACUAAGGGUGAUGAGGGAGAAGGACGGGCUCACGUUCGACUGCACGACAACCUGAGCGGACAGUUAUAUCGGAGGAUUGAUCUGGUUGAAUCCUGGGAUGAGACGUAUCGACACGAGCUGUUCUUUGACAAAGACACACUUGUUCAUAUUGAACAAACGAGCAACAAGUUCUACUGCCACGUUUACAAACUCAACCCGACCAGAUAAUAAGUGGUGCAAGACUGAACCGACGGUGCUGGAAAGCAUUAAAUGAUCGCAUUUAAGAUUUUGUACAUGUUUGUUUGAAAGUUGUACACCUUUUCUGUAUAGCUGAUAAUGCUGUUUUUUUUCACAUCCACAUCAUUGCAGAAUUUCUUUUGUGUGAUGUACUCUUGAUCACUAAGUUUUUAAAAAAAAAAAUUAAAUCACUAAGUCUUUGCAUUAACUGUCACACCUAUAAACAUUUUUUAAACUUUUUCUAAAAUUAAAUGUUAUAUUUUUUCAAUUUUCUCUUUA